AUGUCAGAAAAGUUUGAGGUGUGGAAAUGGUUAUGGACUCAAUAUCAGUAUCGUUGGUCCUCUAAGCCAACAACUGAAUUCGUGUUAAAUAGAGAUCUAAUUAGUAUUUGCGGUAUUACUUUUGAAUAUUGUCUAAAUGAUACAUCAACACUUUUAUUAAAAAAGUUGUUUGAAGCAAGUAUAACUGCAACUGCUCAAAAAAAUACUAAUCGCGAUAGUCACUCCAUUGGUUUAGUAACAGGUGCUCCAGGGAUUGGGAAGACACGAUUUUUGUUGGAAUGUGUUAAUCAUAUAAAGAAAAACUUUCCAAAUUUUUUCAAAGACUUUGUUGAUCUUGUCAUAAUAUCUUACAGUAAUGCAAAUAUUCCUAAUAAUUUAGAUUUGGAAUUGGGAGAAAAAAAAUCCUUAAGCUUACGAUUUUUACAUUCAGUAUUUGUGGAUCCAAUAAGAGCAUAUGUAGACUUUGUUAUGGAUCUUAAAGAAGCAGGAUUCCAAUAUGAUGAUAUUACUCUCAGAGAAGCAAUAACAAUUGCACGCAAAGGGUUAAAUAUUCAACCAACAAGUAAUUGGCUCUUGGUAAUAUCGAUUGAUGAAUUCAAUAAAAUUAUAACCAACUUUGAAAAUGAUAGAGGUCAUAAGUUCCUAUCAAAAAUCAGCCAAAUUCUUGGAAGUGUCAUGUGUAAUCCACCUGAAUAUACAACUGUGUUGGGCUUGAUGGCAGGGGCUAUGGCUACGACAAUAAAUACUGUCUUCCGUGAGUCCUCUCAUCUUACAAUGUCAAUGCGUCUAUCUCCAUUAAGUGAAAAUGAACGUGCUAAAAUUCUUAUGAUGUUGGGUUUUCCAGAAGAAUGGAAAACGUGCCGAGAAUUUCGUCUUUCUUUAGCAGAUGUUGGAGCAAUUUCAGGAUGGCCAUUUAAGGAACGAAUUAUAUCUGCUGUAAAAAAUUAUGCACAUACACGUUAUCUAGAUGGUGCUCGUCCAUUUGCUGUUAAGCUCAUUGAAGAUAUCAUCCUCCAAACACCUGUAUAUCGUGAAAAUGCAAUUGAUACAACUGGUAAUAUUCCUACUACUUAUGGUGAGCUUGAAUCCCAAGCUGAUGUAUUACUUAUAGAACAAGAUGAUAAAUCGUGUAUUGUUACAAUGCCUCUCCUUCUUCUUGAAUGGCUUUUAACUAGUGCAUCAUGUCUUCAAAAUCCCGCAACAGCUUUACUUAAAAAAUUGUUUGUUUAUGGCAUAGAUAAGAAAAUCACAUGGCAAGAGUUUGAAGUAUUUGUUGCAAUCUUCGAAACUUCUAAAACAAUGCUCAUGUAUCAACGUGAAAAGAGAUCAUCAAAUCAUAGCUGUAUAACUAUUAAUUUGUCUGAUUAUUUCAAAGUCAAGCAUGAUUUUCCUGAUAUAAUUUUACCUCAAAAUAUUACAUUUUGUAAAUCCAUGGAACGUUUUCCAAGGAAUAAAAAUAUAACUGAUUCAUGUACUGGAAGAUCCAUAAAUUGGGAAUGUGAAACAAGCCCAACAAUUAUUAAUGGCAAUUCGGCAGAAUUUGCAGAUACAUUUACAGUUAGAAUGAUGGCAGACAAUUUGAGUGAUUGUGGGGAAAGAGAUGACAACAUAGAGGAUGAGAUACAAAAAAUUCAUAAUGCAAUAACAACAUAUCUCCCAAAAUAUAAUAAUAACUGGUUGCUUGUAAUAUACACUACUCAAAACAUGGAAAAUCCAGUAGAUGAUCCAAGAUGUAUUGUUAUUGAUGGAGUUAAAAUGGAAAAACAUUUCAGUAAGACUUUAUUUGAGAGAGCAAUACAUUUGCUAGAACAUAGGAAAGUAAACAUCAACCAUUUUGAUAUAAUUGAAUUAAAACAAGCAUGUGGUGUUGGUACUAAAUAUGCAUCUAUGAUUGUUGAAGAACGAAAACAAGGAGGUUCAUUUGAAAAUUGGGAGAAUUUAAAGAGGCAUAUCAAUUGCAUCCCUGAUGCUUUAUAUGAUAAAUUUGAAUACUAG